GGUCUGAGUCAAUCGUCACCAGGCUUGCAACAGUUGCUUUUCGAAUUGUCAACACGGGUCUCUCAGCAGCCAGACACGACAAUCAUCUGCCCCAGAUUAGGCUCCGCUUUGAUACCAGUUGUUAUGUCUCUUAACAUGCCUGAUGUUCCCAUAGAAUUGAAGGAAGCCGAAGAAUCAUCUGAUAACUCCCAGAAUCAGUCAAACAAGCGAGAACACUCUGAAAUCCCUCCCGGUUCUCCCCGGCAGCCAUCCCCAAAGGUAAUGAGUUUAAUUUCAUCAACGACCUAUUGGCAUAACAUUGACUUCAUUGUAAACGAAAGCCGGCUUCCACCAGAACUACGAAAUCAGAUUUACAGCUUCGCUUUUACCCGUUCUUUCGUCAGGAUCACCGGUCAGUCGGUUUACGGUUACACUUGUGGCCGUUCGAAGUUUCUCUGGAAGCGCAAGAACGUGCGACAUUAUCAUGCAGGGGACGAAGACGCAAAUUUGCCGGUUGCAUUCCUUGGAGCCUGCAAGCAAGUCCAUGCCGAAGCGCGCGCGAUGCUCUACGCCAACGACUUCGACGUGCAAGGCAUGGAGACACUCGCCGUCUGGCUCAAAGACCUGGGAACCAACAUUGCCUGCCUGCGAACUAUUACGCUUCGGACCGAACCUCAGAUGCGGUUGACGUUAUCGUCCUCAAGCAGUUUCAGGGCCCAGCAGGACCGGUAUCGGGAAGUCUGUCACAGGGCCGCCAGGAUGUUGGCUGGUGCCGAGAAUCUUCAGGCCCUGAGGAUACAUUUCUUUUACAACCAGAUGAUCGGCGCCCCAGCUCCGAGAGCAACUCUCAAGCGACCUGAGCCUGUUUCCGGCUGGAUUGGUAUCGCCCGCCGAGUCGCGGAGGUACUGUGCCAUGAUUUCCGGUCGGUGUACUCCAAAGGGUUAUCCCGGGGUCGCACUCCUGAAGACUUAUGCUGUGUCAUAAAAGUCAGCCGGAAUAACUGGUGGUGUAAUCGUCACGCGUUGACUCCACACAAACUCAAUGCCAAAGAGGCAAGAGAGGCCGAAGAGGAGGUUGUAGAGCAUUUGAGGCUGCUUCUCAGGAGGAAUCUCGAAUCUCGUCUGGGUCAUCGGUCUUGA